AACAAGAUGGCUUCAAAGUCAUGAUAGGAGAGUAAUUUGAGCAACUAGCAGUCCUACCUGCAUUUAGAAGUAACACAUGCUUUGGUUUUCUUAAUGCAUACGGCUUAUUAACAAUGAGAGCAUAUUGUUUUUGGCUUCUUUAAUGAUUACUCACAGAAAAAAUGUGAUGCGCAUCGUCGCUAUUGUUACAAUUAUGGGCAAAAACAAAUGAAGUUUUAAUUUUUAGCAACUCUGCUGAGUACUCUGACGUCUAACUAAAAUUAAUAAACCGAUAAUUUAUUUAGGCCACUUUAAAUGACAUUUCCACUGCCAGAACUCUCUCUGUGCAUACCCCAUAAUAUGAUUAUGAAAAAAUUAAUAUGUGGGCAUAUUAGAGAAAAAGAAUACCUAGAAUGGCAAACCUCUAGAAUUUAGAUUCUAGAGACAAAACUUUUUUGGACUGUCUGUGACUGUCAAGAAGACAAGCCAAAUUAUGCAAAUUAGAUAUCAUGAUUUGCAUAAUUUAUGCAUGCAAUUAUUUAUGUACACUUAGAAUUAGAAUAAACAUGUCUUACUUGCAGAACUUUGUUAAUUUUUUUUUUUUAUUGUUGAAGCCUAAAUAAGCCGUAACAAACAUUUGAAUGAGAUUUAAUGUGAACAGCUGCAUAAAAUAUUCCCCUGGGGAUGCUUAUGCCUUGUAGAUCUUUUUCCACAUCAUCCAUCCAUCUAAGCCUUGGUCUGCCUUUAAGCUGUUUUCCUCUUGCGUUUUGGUGAUGUACCCUCUUCACUCAUCUGUCAUUCCCUCUAAGUGUCCUGCCCAGCGUAGCCUACCCUUUUUUAUUUCUGCUACUAGUGUUGGAUCCUGAUAUAAAUUGUAUAAUUCCUGGUUGUUUCGUAUCUUCUUCUUCUUAUAUUUGAGGGGCCCACGAUCAAUUUGUUGAUCAUUCUGGCUCCUGGUUUAAAUUCAGAGUUUUGCCUUCUCUUAGAUGGGUUGCUGUCCAAGGCUAACGAGUCCCAUUCACCCGGAGUGCUUGAGAUGUUGGCUUUGGUAAGGAUUGAACUCCAGACCACCAGCUAUUUGGUUUGGGGGAGUUUAGACCGCUCGGCCACCCCAGCACACCAUUCUCCAUACAUAUUCAUCCUUUGUUGGUCCAUAUAUUUUCCUGAGAACAUUUCUCUCCCAUGUGUUUAAUAGAUUUUUUGCCAUUUUUAUUAGGGUCCAAGAUUUACUUGCAUAUGUUACAACUGGUCUGAUUACAGUUUAUAUAGAUUUUUAUUUGUUUUUCUUGUAAUGUUUUUAUUUUUUAGUAUUUUGUGACUACUGAAGUAUGCCCUGUUUCCUGAUGAUAUUCUUUCUUUUUUUUCUGUUAGUAGUUCAUUUCUUUAAUUUGUUGGACAUACAAAAGAAGAAAUCAAUAUGCAAAUAACUGAAAACUUCCAGGAAAUUAUUUGCAAUAUUGAAUUUAUUUGUUCAUCCGUUGAAUUUGUGUUGAUGUGAUGAGAAAACAAAUGUUUGACAAAAUAUUGACUUUAAAUUGAGUUAAAAUUACUUUAAAAAUGUUCUGCUUUUGGGGGUUAGAGGGUUACAGGUAACACCUGUAAUAAAUAGUUUAACCCUUUACGGGGCAGAGGUACUUCCUCUUGCAUCUCCUGAAUGGGCACCACUUCUCCGGUUUUUAGUAAGAUUUAGGGUUAUGUUAGUAAAAAAAAUAUAAGCUAAGGUGUUAGGCAACAAAUUUUUGUGAAAUAAAAAGCAAAAUAAAGGAAAAUGAAUGCAGAUUUAUAAUUUUAUUCACAUGUUGCCAUUAAUCCUCAUAUGAACAUCUGUCAAAAGUUGAUCAUGACCAUUUUAAACAUCGGGUUGUUGCUGGGACUGAAUUUGUCUGUGGGUGCUCAAAUGGCUGAUCAAGCCAAUUCUGGCACGAAAUGUUCUGGUGCAGUGGAUGGAUGGGGAAAACUCCAAGUAAUGAAUUAAAUCUGGCUUUUCUAGCUUAUCUUGUGUGUUUUGCAGCAGCUGUUCUUAUAGUCUCAUGUAGUAUUAAGCCCUGGUGUAGGGAGGAGCGUCACAAGACUUGAUUCUUUGAGGAUUGUUCCCACAUGUCUGGGUCAAUGUGAAAUGCUUUCAAAGAUGAUUUCAGUGUUUCUUUAAACGUUUCUUCUGUCCCCCAACAAACCCUCUGCCCUGCUUGACUUUGCCAUAAAAUAUUCUUUAGUGCAAGCUGGCGUCUGACAUUCUUGCAACAUGGUCGGGACUGCAUUAAUAAGAUGUGUAUGCUUGAAAGACCUGCUUGUGCGAGCACCUCAGUGUCUGGUAUCUUGUCCUGCCAUUGAUGUUGAGGAUUUAUGACGGUCAUUGUGUGAAAGUGAUUUAUAUGCCGGGUAUUUGUAAAAACAGGGUUUGAAAAAAUUAACAAUUAUUAAAUAGCCCGUUUUAUUUUUGUAAAGAAUUUUUUUUAAACUGAAGGUUAAAGUUCAGACAACAAUGAAACAAUUAAAGGUGACUAGGCAACCUGAAUUUGUCUUUCUAUCUAUACACAUAUAUGUUAUACUUUAAUAUAGGUGCUAGUAAUAAUUAAAACAGAAAGAAUCUUUUAUUUAAAGUAAAUUUCUUAAAAUGUGUCCGUCUGUUUAAAAAUUUCUCAAACACCUUCAUAUGGUUCUGAAUUUGGCUAUUCUUUCUAACAGUUAACAAGCUAUAUUUUAUGAGGUUAUCAGUGCGGGUGAACAUAGAUAUAUUUUAAAAUUAAUCAAAAAUUGAACUCAUUUUAAAGACUACCAUUGAUGCUAUAAAACAACCAUUUUUUUUUCUUUUGGUUUAGCAGUGACUGCAUGUUGAUCUUCUUGAACAGUGUCCACCAUUUUAAAAUGAAAGGCUCUUUUAAGUUCAAUUUGAUUUUCUGUGUGAGGAAUAUUCAAGUAUCCUUUCUAAAUGACAAGCUGUCCAUGAGGAGAUGGAAGCUCUUACAUACCACUAGAAAGCUGUUAGAACAGACAGACCAUGAAGUUAUGUCUAAAAUUCGAAAUAUUGGCAUCAUGGCACACAUAGAUGCUGGGAAGACAACUACAACAGAAAGGAUGCUCUAUUAUUCUGGAUUUUCCAGACAUUUAGGUAAGGUAUCUAAUAGGUUGUUGUUUUUUUUUUACCUUAAAUUAAAAUUAAAAGUUGUCAAAUGGAAUAUAUUAUCCAACAAAAAAAGAAAAAGACACUCUUCAUAAUUUUACAAUCUUUUGGUUAAUUGUAUAUAUAUUAUAAAUUCUAAUGCUGACUAUUUUUUGCUUCGCUACUACUAGAACUAUAAUAUAAUGCCAAAAAUUUUUUUUUUUUAAUUUAACAAAUGCGUUUGAGCAAUUAAAUAUGCAAUUCCUUUUAAAAACAGAAAUAAAGAUUUCCCUUGAAUCAAGUUUUUCCCAUCUUAUCGAGCAGAUGUGGCCAGUUAUAUGACCAUCAUGCGUCUCAUUAGAAUAACAAUGUCAAUAUCAAAAAGAACAUUAUUGAAGAGAUAUGAGGCUGUUAUUCAGUACCUGUGCCCAAUCCCCUUCCUUCCCAUGCAUGUAAAAAUUAAGUCAAUGAGACUUCUAAAAAGUCUAAAGCUAGUAGGAUGCAAUAAAAUUUUAAGCCUGCUUUGUGAGCAGAUUACAAAUGUGUUCCCACACUGAGUUGAACUGAGUCAAUCCCAAACUUGUGGACUGGAGUUCAAUCCCAAACUUGUGGACUGGAGUUCAAUCCCAAACUUGUGGACUGGAGUUCAAUCCCAAACUUGUGGACUGGAGUUCAAUCCCAAACUUGUGGACUGGAGUUCAAUCCCCAUCAAAAGCCUAACAACACCAGCAUCUCAGUUGAAUGGGACUCACCAGCAUCUCAGUUGAAUGGGACUCACCAGCAUCUAAGUUGAAUGGACUCACCAGCAUCUCAGACAGUUCAAGCUCUGAAAUCAAACCCGGAGAUGGAAUCCCGUGGGCAGAAUGAAAUUGAGACAAUGAAAAUUCCAACAACUCCCGCGACAUGGAACACAUAAGAGAGCACAAUGAGACGCAAGAAAUGCUUCUAGUCAUCUGGUUUAUUUCCAUUUGUCUGGACUAAGUCUUGCCAUUGGAACAGUAGGCAAGGAAGAGAGCGUGAGGCUGAUGAAUUGAGAAACUCUCCCUCACUUUUUUCAGCAAAAUACUGCUUAAGUCAAAGCUACUACUCAAUUCAAAGCCUUGGUCAUAAUGGCCUGCAAAGGAUGAACAAUACUGAACCAAGAUUGACUUUAUAGAUUUUUUUAAAAAAUUGUAUUCAAACUUUAAGAUUUUUAAUUUUUUAAUUAUCUGUUUAAUGGUUUGUUGUUUUGUUGAAGUUUUAGAAUUUCUAUAAAUAUCAGAUGCUAGCAUCCAAAGAACGCAUAAUUCAGAACCAAUUAUGUUUUUCCAUUUAAGUAGUCUUCUAUGUGAAAAUAGAAUUGAGAAAUGUUUCUAUGUUGUUCUCCUUUACACUACAAGCUUUCAAAUUUUAACAAGUAGGGAGAUGUUUCUAAAGGAUCUGAUAUAAAUAAGGGAUACUGGUGUCUUUUCAUACAAAAUAUUCACAUUAUAUCAUUAAAAAAACUACAAAGAAAACCUGCUAGCAAAUUAAAUUGAUUUUCUAAAUUUCAUACAUUAAUUUACAAAAAGUAUAUAUAGUAUCAUUUUUUUAUACUUAUAGCAUACAUCUUAUGAGCUACAACAUCCCCCCCCCCCAAUUCAGCCCAGCCUUUUUCCUGUAGCGAUUGCUCCACAGCCAUACUUUGCCACCAGGUCAAGUAAAUGUUUAUUUAACGCCAUACUACUAUUUUUAUAAUUUAAUUCUUGAUGUUCCAAUUACCAGGUGAUGUUGACCAUGGGGACACUGUCAUGGAUUACAUGGAACAAGAGCGAGAUAGAGGCAUAACAAUCACCGCAGCUGCAAUCACAUUUAACUGGAAGGGUCAUAAAAUUAAUCUUAUUGACACUCCAGGUAAUGCUAAUAAAAUCAUUUUGCAAGUGAAAAAAUUAUAUUUUGUAAUCUCCAUCAUAGCAGCACUUUUACUAACUGCAAAAUUUCAGUUUUGACAUGUUGCAACCGUUCUAAGCUUAAGGAUUCUUACUUUAAAAUGUAAGACAAUGUUAUGUGUAUAAUAAAUUGAAAUUGGCAUGUUGACAUAUUGCCACUGUUCUAAGCUUACAGAACUCUUAUUUUAAAAUAUACGUCACUUUUAUGUGUACAAUAGCUUGAUGUUGACAUGUUGCCAUGUUCUAACCUUAUAGGACUCUUACUUUAAAAUCUAAGUCUAAGACACUGUUACGUUUACAAUAAUUUGAUAUUGGCAUGGAAGCGUGCAGUUGUUAUGAGCUAAAUACAAUGUCAAAAUGAGAAAGGAAGAGAUUAUAAAAAAGUUAAAAUAAUUGUUGGAAUUGCCUUUAAAUUAUGGAUCUAAAUAGUAUACCUUGUGCAUAUUCACCUAGUUUAUAUUUUGCUGAAAAAAAGUUUUAAUUAAUUUUUUUAUAAUUUCUAUGUUUGAUAAGGUCAUGUUGAUUUCACUGUGGAAGUGGAGAGAUCCUUGAGAGUAUUGGAUGGUGCUGUGGCUGUUCUAGAUGCAUCUGCAGGUUACCAAUUGUCUAUUCAGUUAGAUAUUUGGGGAUAAGAGCAUGAUUUUUUUUAAAAUUAAAAUAAAUGUCAUAGUUGUUAUAUUUAGAUAUUUUUGUCUUUUUGAGAGUUUAAAAAAUACUUAUUUUAUUUUAUAAAAUAGUAAAGGCUAUUUCUUCUAGUGAUAACAUGAUAUUCAAAGGGUUCCCAAUUUUUAUCCAGAAGCUGAAGAAGUCUUACAUUUUAAAUACCGGUAGUAAUAUAAAUAAUCAUUUUAAUUUAAAAAUACAUGUUCAAUUAUUAUAGUACAAUGUUUGCAGGGAAUAUUUAUACUCAAAUUAAUUACACUUAUAAAAAGUCUUGCUUUGUCUGUUGUGGUAGCAUAUUUUUUUUUAACUAAACCAUUUAAGUUGCCAGAAAAGAUGUAAGUUGAUUUGUGUACACAGAAAAAUCGAAGUGUUCAUUUAUACCAAUUAAUACUGUUGGUUAAAUUCAUUUAGACUAUCUGGUACAUCCCAUUUAUCACUUUGAUAACUAUUUCUAAACACAGGUGUGGAAGCACAAACCCUUACAGUUUGGCGUCAAGCUGAUCACUACCAAAUUCCUCGCCUGGUCUAUCUCAAUAAGAUGGAUAAGCCAGGAGCAUCUAUUGAUCUCUGUCUAAACUCUCUACGCCACAAACUCCAUGUAGAGCCACUUGUUGUCAACCUACCUAUUGGUUCGGGGAGACGUUUUGUUGGUGUCUAUGACUUGAUACACAUGGAAACUGUAGAAUGGAACGACAGCAAGUCUAAAGAUGGCAGCAUAUUUGAGAGAAAACCAAUCCAGCUGGAAAAAGACACGGAACUGUCCGAAUUUAUUUUAAAGGCCAGGUCAGAACUGGUUGGAAAACUUGCAGACGUUGAUGAACAUAUUGCAGAUCUUGUGCUUUGUGACACUAAAGUUGAGCAUUUUUCACCCCAAAUACUGAUCUCUGCCAUCCGGACUGCAACACUUAACCGUAAAUUUGUGCCUGUUCUAUGUGGUAGUUCUCUUAAGAACAAGGGCGUCCAGCCUUUGCUGGAUGGCAUCACCUUCUUCCUUCCCAGUCCCAUGGAUGUGACUUAUGGGUUCGCCAAGUAUUACGGUACCCAUCUGUGUGCACUGGCAUUUAAAGUAACCCAUGACAAGCAAAGAGGCCCAUUGACAUUUGUGAGACUAUAUUCAGGUAUGUUGAAGACAGGAGCCUAUGUGUUCAAUAUUAACAGAGGUAAAACCGAGAAAACUAGCAGACUCCUCCAAGUUUAUGCUGAUGAAUUACAUGACAUAUCUACAGCUGUGGCUGGGAAUAUUGUGGCUAUAGCUGGUUUGAGAGAGGUAACAUCUUUUUUUUCCUUUCUAUUUUAUCUUCAAAAGUUGUUAAUGGCCCAUUCUGUCAAUAUUAUUAUUUUUAUGUGUGUGACCAUCCAUUGGCAAAGCAUUCAAGUGUUUUCCAAGUCAGCAUAAUUUCAGAUCAAUGCCCCCUAUAAUUCUAUCUGUUUCAGGGUAAAUAGAAUCAAAUCAUAGAUUUCAUCAGUUACGCUAUUCAAAAAAUAAUUAAACCUUAUGUAGAUGACACGUGUGUAGCUGACCCUUGUGUAGAUGGCCCUUGUGUAGAUGACCCAUGUUUAGAUGGCCCUUGUGUAAAUGACCCACGUGUAGAUGACCCUUGUGUAUAUGACCCAUGUGUAGAUGUCCCAUGUGUAGAAGACCCUUGUUUAGAUGGCCCUUGUGUAGAUGGCAUUUGUGUUGAUGACCCUUGUGUAGAUGACACUUGUGGGGGUGACCUUUGUGGAAAUGGCACUUGUGUAGAUGACCCAUGUUUAGAUGACACGUGUGUAGCUGACCCUUGUGUAGAUGGUACUUAUGUAGAUGGCCCUUUUGUAGAUGGCUCUUGUGUAAAUGACCCAUGUGUAUAUGACCCAUGUGUAGAUGACCCUUGUGUAGAUGACCCUUGUGUAGAUGUCCCAUGUGUAGAAGACCCUUGUGUAGAUGACCCUCGUGUAGAUGACCCUUGUGUAGAUGACCCUUGUGUAGAUGACCCUUGUGUAGAUGACCCUCGUGUAGAUGACCCUUGUGUAGAUGACCCUUGUGUAGAUGACCCUUGUGUAGAUGACCCUUGUAUUAGAAACAAAAGAUGAAUCUGUGUUGAUGGUUUUUAACUUACAUAAAAAAAUUUCUCUGCAUUUUAAGCAAAAAAUACAUAAAAUGUAGAUGACCCACAUCAUGGUCAUAAAUGAGCCUAUUAUAACUUAUUAAAAUUAGAUCCCCUGCCCCGAACUGAAAUUACCAUUGAUUAUAGUGUAGUGAGCCCUAAAUAAUUAGUCCAAAAAAAUGAUGGUGUAAUUAUUACAUGUUUGAAAGAGAUUUAUUUUGAAAGAUAUUUUCAAAAAACAAUAUUGCUUUAUUUUGCCUACCAUUUAUUUGUUGUGACAGACUUUCUAAAACCCUACGUUAAAACUUGUGGCUGUUCAAUCCCUAUGAUCAGAUAUUGAAGUUUGUGAGAUUUAGAAAUAAACCAUGCCUUCUGUCUCCUAAGACAUUCACUGGGGAUACAAUCACUUCAAGCAGUAAAGCUGCCCAGGAUGCUGCUAAAGCUUACAUCCAUGAAAACGGGACAAAACAUCUGGACAAGUCAGAACUUAAGAUCAAGGAAUCAAGUAAAAUAGGAGGUAGAAUACAGUACAGUAUACUUUGUCACUUUAAACCCAUCAGAAAAAGCAUUAACUUACUGUAAAUGUCCUCCAACUAAAUAAAACCUGAUGGCCAACUGUAGGUGUUUCAGAAUUUAAAAUAAUUUUUAAUGUUUUUUUUGCUUCACUUUUUAAAUAAGAUUUUAUCUGUUUUCUGUUAUUUUAUCUGCUAUCUGUUGCCCAUUGGUUGCAAAUUUAGAUUACACUAUUUUAGUUAAAUCAUUUUCCUGGUAUAGUAGGCUAGUUUAAAAAAUUACACCAGCUGUACAAUCAAUCUUACCUUCAAUAAGAUGAAAUAACAACAAAGGAAAUUUUACCUGUAAUUUCUUAAUCAAGAUUGAAUAUAAAAUAAUUAAAAUCAAAGGCUUGUUGGAAAAGCCUCAACUUGUUACAGGAUUUUCCACAACUUAGCCAUUUUAUUAGCAUUACUUUAAUCUGAUAUUGCUGUACAAUGUAUAUCACAUCUUCAGGUCCAGAAGAAGCAGAAGAAGAGGACUCAUUAACAAGUGAUAUGGUCCCUAUUCUAGCUGGCCUCACACUACCAGAUCCUGUCUUCUUCUGCUCUAUUGAACCCUCAAGUUUGUCAGUUCAAAAAAAUCUAGACUCAGCUCUAGAGUAUCUACAGAAAGAAGAUCCUAGCUUAAAGGUAAUUUUCAUGUGUAUUUUGUCUUUGGAAAUUCUUCAAAAUCUGCAGUAGGUGGUUUGUUUUUUGAAUAAGGGAAAGUUAGUUUUUUUAUGUCAAGACAAUUUAUCACUUCAUCUAUCUGCUUGCUAACAUUUUUUGUCAAUGAAAUAAUUUGAAAAGUUAGUUGAAGUAGAUUUGGAAAGAAUUUCAGAUCAUUGACAUUGCUGAAUAAACCCCUGCAAUCCCUUCUUUCAGGUGGAGAUAAGUGCCGAGACUGGACAGACCAUUUUGUCUGGUAUGGGUGAGCUCCAUCUUGACAUCAUCAAGUCACGACUGGAGAAGGAGUAUGGUCUUGAUGUAGACUUGGGCCCUCUGCAGAUAGCAUACAGAGAAACCAUAACUAGCCAUGCAGGUAUUCCCUUCACAAGCAAGCCAGUCAAAGAGCUAGAAAAUAUCGAUUUUCCAAAUAAAUUCUAACUUUUUGUACAUACAAUUUUAAUGAUCUGAAAAUGGCCCAAUGUCUCUAUUUUAAUACUUCUUUCCAAAAUUUAAAAAAAAAAGUUUCCAUUAUUGAUUUUCAGAGGUGACAGAGGUUUUGGAUAAAGAGCUUGGAGGACGACACCAGUUUGUCCACAUCAAACUUUCCCUCCAUCCCAACAUUGAGCAACGUGAGUUCAAGCAUGUUGUCCUACAACGAACAUCAGAUCAUCCCCUGGCCAUCAAGCACAAACUGUUAAAGGCAAUAGAAUUGGGGAUCAAGUCUGGACUCUCUCAUGGUUAGUUGCCUCAUAUAUGUUUGAUGUGAUGUCCAUGCAGUGGUAGAGUUUGUUGGACUUAUGCCACCUUGUCAUUUAUAGAGAUCGUGGUCUUUUAGCGAUUGGGUUUUUUUUUCCAUUCAAAUUUUAAUGAAACAAUCCUUGAUAUGUUUUAGUUGGAUACAUUUUGUUUAGUAAAAAUGUUAUUAGAGUAAUAGUCAGUCUAAAUCUUUAAUAUUUUGGUCCUUUUUUUGUUAGUGCUGCUGUUGGAUUCAGCAUUAAUCUGGUCAUGACACGGCUAAUAAAAUUAGGGUAUUCUUGUUUAAAAAUAAAAUUAUGGACUGUUACUUGAUACAUUCAGCUUUACCCUUUGAGAUGGAGCCUUUUUUUGGAGUGUCUUUGCUAAGAAGACAGAGCCCUUUUACAUGCUCGGUACUCAAAUGGCAAAACAUAUAUUAUAAAAAAUAUACUAAUUACUUUACUAAUAUAAAACUGUCUAUAUUCUUGCAGGGAAUUGAAUAAAAUAAUGCGAUCUUUAUGAAUCAAACUGAAGUCUCAACAUUUAUGCAAAUAAUAUACAUUAUUUUCAUAAUUUAUGCAUGCAAUUUUUUUUUACUCUUAAAAUAAACAUGUCUUACUUGCAGAAUUUCGUUAGAUUGUAUGAUUGUUGAAGCCUAAAUAAGUCCUAACCAAGCGGUUCGCAACCUGUGGGUUGCCACCCCUUUGGGGGUUGAAUGUCCCUUUCCCAGGGGUUGCCUAAGACCAUAGGAAAACACAAAUACUCUACAAUUAUGAAGUAGCAACGACAAUAAAUGUGUGGUUGGGGGUCGCCACAACACGAGGAACUGUAUUGAGGGUUGUGGAAUUAUGAAGUUUGAGAACGACUGUCCUAACCCAUAUUUGAAUGAGAUGCAGUGUGAAAAACUACAUAAAAUAUCCACGGGCUGCUUAUGCCCGUCAGGGUCACAUAUAUUUUAAGCAUUUGUAGGGGUCACUAGGUAAAAAAAUUAAUUUAAAAUGGUGGAACACAGUAAAAUAUAAAUGGAAGCCACCAUUAAAAUGGUGAGAGGAGCAAGAAAUGCAGGAAGCAAUCUGAAUAGCUAGUACGAAGACCAGCCAGCCAAUCUUGAGGCUUGAAUUAUGGAGGAGAUAGAUCAGCCUUUUGUAUUUUUUGCCAUUUGACCAAGAGGGUUAAAAAGCAUUGCAAAUUUAUUUAUUAUUUACUUUCCCCUUGAUACAAUCCUCUGUUGACAGGAAGCCUCCUGAACUUCCCAGUCAUUCACACAGACGUUCACUUGCAUGAGUUUAACACACAUUACCACACCAGUCUUCCUAUGGUAACAGCAUGUGCUGCCAUGGCUGUGCAAAGGGCUUUGAAACAAGCCGACUGUGUGCUGUUAGAACCAAUGAUGGCUAUGGAGGUGAGAAGAUCAUCAGUUUAUUAUACUGAUCUGAAUGAAGUGUUUCUGCAUUUGAAUGAAAAAUGAAAAGAAAGAACAUUUUGUUUCCAGGUUGUUUGUUUCGAUAUUAGUAUUACUAUUUAGAAAUGUUCUUUUUAAGAUUUAUUUAAAUUGAUAUAUUUAAAUACAUUUUUUAAAUGAACUGGCCAUUUCAUUAAAUCUGUUGACCAAUGAAAAAAAAAUGUUCUUUGUAUUUUAAUUUUUCAAUAUCUUUCUCUUUUGGGUUGCUUCUAAGAAAAGAUUAUGUCUCAAUGUAAAAAAGCUAUAGUUUUGCACAACUGUAACAUGUCUGUAAUAUAAAUUACUUUAUAAUUCAUUUAAUUAAACUUCAAAACUCAAACAAAUGAGUAAUCAACCAGUGCCAUUUGUCUUGUGCCCAUGUGGUGGAGCUAGGCUUAGUGCUCCCAGGAUGGGCUAAGCUCUUUGCUGCUCCUCUUCUGCAAAAAAAACUUUGCAGUUUUCCCAAAAUGAUGCCCUUGGCCCACUUAAACUUUUAAAUUUAGUCUUUCUUCCUCAUUGAUUUAUAUAAUAAUUGUUUGCAUGCAUACGUGAUCUAGUUCACUGUGUGUUUUUUGGUUGUUGUUUUUUUUCCAUUUUUAUUGUUUUAUCCAGCCUUUCUGAAUUUUUUUACAACUGGCCUCAUAAUAUUUGAGAAAAAUGAUAAAAUUUAAAAGAGCCAUAAUCAUGGCCAUUUUAAAAAAAUGUUAGGUUACUGAGGUAUGUUAGGUUUUAAGAAAUCUGACAAGAGGAUAUUUAGAUCCAAAAAGAAGUUCAUUGCAUUAUUUAAUCAUUAUUUCUGUCCUUCAAGGUGAGCACUGAUGAGGAGAAGCUUGAGGUCGUUCUGGCAGACCUUGGCAAACGCCGCAGCCACAUCCUUGACGUUGUCUCCAGACAGGAUUCCAAGACGAUCAGUGUGCUGACACCCUUACAAGAACUCCUGGGCUACUCCACUGCACUAAGAACAAUAACAUCUGGCACUGCUAGCUGCUCCAUACAACUUUCUCACUAUGAGAAGAUGAACAGAGAAGAGAUGCAGAAAGUGACAGAGAGGAUGACGGGAUUUCAUCCAUCUUCAAUGUUUUAGUGGAGGGAAUUUUGGGGAUUUGGUGGACCUGUGAUAGAUGAAUGGGUCAAAUGUCUGGAGGUCCUUGGGAGGCUUUCCUCCAUCAACUUUUGAUUGAUCACCCCUCACUUCCUACCCGAUGGUUGUCUACGCCACAUGAUCUUGAUUUAAAACAUUACCGGUAUGUUCUUUGCUGGCCCACUUAUACUUAAAAAUUGGUUUAUUUCUAUGCCAUACAUCAGGU